UUAAAUAGCCCCACCCCCUGAGCUCCAUUGGCAAAUAAACCCCUCCUUGCAUCUCUACUUCACUCCAUCCCAGCCUCGCACUAUACUAACACAACCAUGCAGUCAGUGAUCGUCUACGGAGGCCGCGGCGCGCUUGGAGCCGCCAUCGUCAAGUACUUCAAGCAGCAGGCCUGGAGGGUCAUCAGCAUCGACAUUGCUGCCAACGUGUCCGCUGACCACAGCAUCACCGUGUCGCCCGACCACGAUCUGCCGCAGCAGGGCCAGCACGUGCAGACCCAGCUAGCCGCAUUCCUGCAAGGCUCCCAGGUCGACGCCGUGCUGUGCGUGGCCGGCGGCUGGCAGGGCGGCAGCGCAAAGAGCGCCGAGUUCCUGGCCAACGCCGACCUCUCGAUCAAGCAGUCUAUCAACACGUCAAUCAUCGCGGCCAAUCUUGCUGCCCUGCACAUGCGUCAGGGCGGUCUGCUGGCGCUGACCGGCGCCGUGCCUGCGCUGGCCGGAACCCCGGGCAUGAUCGGCUAUGGAAUGGCCAAGGCUGCUGUGCACCAGAUGGUGAAGAGCCUAGCUAUGGCCGACAGCGGUGUUGACGGGAGCGUGGUGGGGAUCCUGCCGGUUACUUUGGAUACCCCCGGAAACCGUGCUGGCAUGCCAGGUGCCGAUACUUCGUCGUGGACGCCGCUGGAGGAUGUCGCGCAGCUGCUGUACAAGUGGGCAGGUGCUCAGGACAAAUGCGAGAGCGGUCGGCUGUACAAGAUCAUUACCGAGAACGCUGUCACCAGGAUCGAGUAGCUAGUUAUGUCGUCGAGAUAUGUCGUUAAAACUGAUAUGGACAGUAUCCCCAUGAAAUCGUGUUGCCAGUGCCGAACAGGCUAUUCCCCAGGACUUGUUCUGGCAGCCUUGCUCAGUGCUUUCGUAAAUAAUGCACAUCGCCGUGUCUUCACCUAUAUAUAAGAUUUUAUAGUCGAAAAAGUGUCCGGCCGUCCGCUAGAACCUUUUUAUUAAACAAAUAAAACUCUUUUGAGCUUCAACA